AUGAAGAAAUGGCAUCCUCAGAGCCGGCGUUUGUUCGGCGCCAAGCUGCGGCCUCGAUCAAUGCUCAUAUUUGUAUUUGCCAUGCUCGCUGCCUACUACAUCCUGUUUGCACCAGGCACAAGUAUUCAGGUGGUCCCUUCCAACUCCCAGGGCUCCGUUCCGCCGCCGGCAGUCCCUGGAAGUGAAGGUAAUGCAAAACCAAACGGGGAGUCUGAUGCAGAAGAUCAAUAUUCCUCGAUUCACAGAGAGCUCUGGGAGCUCACGGCCGAGGAUCUCAAGGAUUGGCGUGAUCCCACUGAUGGCGAGGAUCCUAAUGAUAUCGAGCCUGGUUUCGAGAUCGAUGGGAAAGACCGAGGCUUUGGAGACCUUGGCAAACUUCAGCAUGAGAAGGACAUGAGGAAAGAAUGGAGACACGCUUACUCGGUCACAUCCAACUUCCCCAACUCAAACCACAUCUAUGGAAAGACCCUGGCGAAUCUGGAAAACCACGAAGCUCGACCCGAAGAAUUCAGCAACGAUCUUAGGUUCGACCCAGAUGCAGACGUAGAGUACAGCUCUGAGAAGCCAGUCCGCUACGACCCCUAUCCCAAGUACAACAGUGCUGCAUGGAAGGAUGCUGGAUACGCCCAGUAUUCUCCUUGUAAGGGCGCUACCGGAGAGCCUAUUGAGGAUCUGCUUGUCUUCAAGGGUAAACCUCGCGAAUGGCCUCUGCCUCGCUUUGGUAGCUACGAUGCUCUGAACAUGGACCCCAACCUCUGCUGGGAGCGAGAAACUCGACUCGGCCCCUACGGACUGCAUCGCCAGUUCAAGAAAGUUGGUGGUGAACCACAACCUCUCAAUUUUGAUAGCGUCAACUGGGGUGACCUUCAGCGGAAAUGCCUUCACAGAAAUGCUCAGCGGUUUGACAUGAACCGAGAACGCGUUAACGAGUAUCUCAACAUGUAUCCUGAGACUGUCAUUGGACCUCAGUUGCCUGAAGAGCAAGAGGAGCCUGCGCGGCUUGCCGAAGGACAGAUUUCGAAGCGGGAUAUCCUCGUGGAACCGGCAGCCAUCAACACGCCAGUUCCAGUCCAAGCAAACUCGGUACCUGUCAUGGCUAACCCCCAGCCGAUUAGCCAGCCCUUGGGCCAACAGAAGCAUGUCAGAACCCAUAAAAACCCAACGACUGGCUACAUGUCCGAGCCACGAACUGCCAUCCUCCUUCGUUCUUACACUGGAAAGGACUAUACUGAGAAUGAUAAGCAAACCAUUCGCGCGCUGGUUUCCGAGCUGUCUCUUAGGACCGGAGGCCAGUAUGAAGUCUUCUUACUGGUCCAAGUCAAGGAUAACAACCUGCGCAUUUUUGAAGACGACACAGUAUAUCAAACCGUUCUGUCGCAGAGCGUACCCCCGGAGUUCCGCAGCAUGACGAUCCUGUGGAACGACGAUAUAGUCUGGAAGCUUUACCCGAAGCUCACAGAUCCCGAGUCAAAGAACGUUCACACUGCUCAGUGGUUGUCUGUUCAGAAAUUCAGUCAAGACUACCCGCAGUUUGAUUUUGUUUGGAACUGGGAGAUGGAUUUCCGCUUCACCGGGCACCACUAUCACCUUUUGGAUAAGCUUGGAGAGUUCGCUAAGAAGCAACCCCGAAAGGGCAUGUGGGAAAGAAACGAGAGAUGGUACAUUCCUACGUUCCACGGCGAGUAUGACGUUGAGUUCCGACAGGAUAUUGAGAAGCGCUAUGGUGAUAACGUUAUCUGGGGCGCUCCUGAAUUCUCUUUCAUCAACCCUAUCGGCCCCAAGCCUCCGGUCGCAAGCCCCGCUCAGGAUAACUACGAGUGGGGAGUGGGUGAAGAUGCCGAUGUGAUCACGGUCUCGCCUAUGUUCAACCCUAUCAACAGUAACUGGGUCAUCGCUAACCAGGUCUGGGGCUACAACGACUCAACUCAUAAGUCUCAAGACAUCCCCCGACGAACGACUAUCGUGACACAGUCUCGAGUGUCGAAGAAGCUACUAAACAUCAUGCACGUUGAGAACCUUCGUGGUAAUCAUGUUGCUUCCGAGAUGACGCCUCAGACGGUCGCCCUUCUGCAUGGUCUCAAGGCAGUCUAUGCUCCUCAUCCUGUCUUUAUGGACCGCGAUUGGAAGGGCAAGUUCCUGAACAAGUGGUUCAACCCUGGUGAAAAUGGCGAAUGUGGUGGUCGCGGUAGCCCCAUGGGCUGGGGACGAGAGCGAAGAUACAUCGGCUCAACCUGGUACUACCGAGCAGUGCCCCCGAACCGACUGUACAACAACUGGAUGGGCUGGCAAGACACAGGUAUUGGUGGCCCGCAGUGGGAGGAGAAGCAUGGACGGCCAUGCUUACCGCCCGUUAUGCUGCACCAGGUCAAGAACACUGAGUCGACCAAGAAUGGUCACGAAACGACCUUUGAAUUAGCCUACGGUUAA